AUGAUAUCACUUGCUGGUGUGUCAAUACCAGGUCAGAUACCCACAGAAAAGACAUUGAAGACAGGAGUUAAAUGCCAUGGAAAUUGGACUUCCACUCCCUCUUUACAAAUUUUCAAAGCUAAACCAUUAAAUUUUGAUAGUUCAGAUGAAAGUUUAAGAAUCUGUAAUUCCAGUGGAGAGUUUGAUGCUAACAUGAAGAUUUCAGGACAAUAUUCAAACACAUGUUUAGAUCUGUCUAUUGCCAAAAGCAACACACAUACAAAAAUUCAAGAUGCAAAACCUGUAUUGGCAACACUGAAUGACUCAUUUGUUAAAGACCAAAAUUCUCCUCACUCAGGAAAGCAGCUACUCAUAUCAUAUGAACAGGCUGAGCUAACUUCAAAACAAGAUAAACGUGAUAUACAACCAGUAGUUUCUUCCUCACAAUCACUAGUGGAUUUAUCUUUGGUGAAUAAUCCAGCUUCACAAACUCCCCUUUCACAGUGGAAUCCCACAAUCCAUUGCCAGGAACAGAAUUACCAUGCUCAAAUACCCAAGAACCCGUACAUUGUGUCCAGACACUUCAUGCAACACAUGAUGAAUCCUAUGAAAAAUCUGGCUCAAUUCACAGUACAGUACCAAUGCAAGAAGAGCCAUCCACAAAUGAAAUACAAGUGUCUGUGCAAGAAGAGCCAUCAUCAAAUGAACAACAAGUUUCUGUGCAAGAAGAGCCAUCAUCAAAUGAAAUACAGGUUUCUGUGCAAGAAGAAACCAUCAUCUAAUGAAAUACAAGUGUCUGUGCAAGAAGAGCCAUCAUCAAAUGAAAUACAAGUUUCUGUGCAAGAGCCAUCAUCAAAUGAAAUACAAGUUUCUAUGCAAGAAGAGCCCUUGCCAAAUGGAGAUCAUAUGUCUCAUAUUUCAAAACAAGAGCCAUAUGUUGCAGAAGAAACACAACCAACAUCACAUAUCACUAUGGUAAGCAAAGUUAAUAAUGAUGUAGAAGGGCAAGGUGCAGUAGAAAUAGACACUGACCAUCAGCUGCAGGUCUGUGAGAAAGAUGUAGGUAAUAAAGAAUGUAUUCCUGGUGAUGAUGAGCAAGAACCAGAAGUCCAGACACCACAAGAAAAAAGCCAAGAGUCACAGAUCAUGGGACAAGAAGGGGAACAAACUUGUCAGGAACAGGAAAUGUCAGACAAAGACAAGCACAGGUGUAGAAGCUGGGAGACCUCUCAAAUUAAAAGUAAAGAAGUAACAGAUACCUGUGUAACAGAAGAACAAGGGCAUCAGGAACAAGUACAUGAUGUAAAUGAAUCACAGAUUAAAAGAGAAGGCACUAAUGUUAAUUUUAAUGUCACUGUACCUGAAGGAGCUUCACAUAUUAUAGGUGAAUUUGACCCAUCAACAGGGACUUUCAUUAGCAGUAAUCCUGUCCUUCUAAAAUCCAUCUUGGGCAACACUGUGACUUACCCCUUAGCAGCAGUACAUGAGGGAACUUUUCCUCCAGAAUUUACCAGCCAGUUCACUCAGCAGUUACCUGUUAUUAACCAGGUCAAGCAAGUUAGCGUACAGAGUCAGACAGAAGAAGUGCAGGAACAAGGGAAAUAUACUCAUGAUCAGUACCUUGAAGAAAAGCAGUCCUACAUCAAUCAGGCUUAUGUAGACAAUUAUGAGAAUCAAGAUUUAUGUCAAGUUGAAGAUGAGGAUGUUAGUAAUGAUGCAGAUAAUGUUGUAGAAGAUAUAGAGGUUGCAGAUUGUGAUGAAAGCACUGGUGUGAGCAUAAACUUUGAUACAAAUAAUUGCAUGUCCUCUGAAUUGAAAGACACUCAUUGUACAAUCAGUGAAGCUACCCAAAACGAUCAUCUAGAGAUGCCUGCAACUGAUAACAUUUCAGAUGCUGAAGGGAGAAAUCCUGAUAGUACCAUUUUGUAUCCUCCUAUUUAUGUGAGUCUUGGUAUAUCAGAAAAUGAUGCCGGAAAUGUGUGUGAUAAAAUCAAAGGAGAAAUCCUUGGAGAAGUAAGAGAUGAACAGACUGAAAGAGGAGGAACUGAAGUCAAUUGUACAAACAUAUUAUCUCCUCCUGAUAAAAGUGAUAGUAAUUUCAGAGCAAGUGGAUAUGAAAUGGCUAGUUGCAAAAUUCAAGAGCCUUGCACCACAGAAGUAGAGAAUGAUUUAUAUACCAGUGAAAGACAAGAGAUAUGUACUGAACUGCAUGAAGAUAGUGACAUUAGUUUUAAUGUUCAAGAUGAGUCUAAAGAGGAAGAUCAGACUAGGAAUCAAGAGUUAGAUGUAUCUCAAGAAAAUACUUUAGAAAGACAAAGCAGAGGGGAAUUAGACCAACAGACAGCAUAUACAAUUUAUUCCAAAAUAGAUGGUUUGGAGAAUAUGUUUGUUAAACAAAGUAAUAAUGGUGAAACAGCUUUAAUAGAUUUAGGAAGCACUGCUAGUAUAGAAGUAAAUUAUAAAGCACAUGAAAUGCUGAAAAAUGGAGCAGAUAAUGAUGGGAAGAAACAGGAGACUGGGACAGGUGUUGUAACAGACUCCUUUGCACCACGAAGCAGAGCAAGUAGUGUGUCGAAAUCACCAAGAAGUUCCUCAGGGAAGUCACCUAUACGAUCACCGUCUCACAUUUCGGUUCCAAAACAACUUUUGUUUGUGAAGGAGGAGAGAAGGACAAGCCAUUGUCAAGAAGAGUGCCAGGAGAAUGAUAAUUCAAACAUUAAUGUCAGUCAGAUAGGUAGUACCUUAACAUCAGAUGCAGAAUUCCAGGAUGUAACAGCUUCAUCUAUGUCUGUGGUAAGAAAAAGAGAGACAGAUUUGAAUUAUGAAGUCAAUAUAAGCUCAAAGAAGAAGGGCAGAUCAAGUAAAACUGAAAGUCAGUCAUUACCAGUCGAAGAAAUUGAAGUUAAAUGUGGAAAAUGUGAUGUCAUUUGCAACUCCAAUGCCCAUUUCAAUCUUCACAUUCAGCUUGAACAUAAUGGCCUUGCAAGACCUGAUGGUGAGGAUCAGACUUUCACAGAUAUUGGUAAGGAGAUAUUAAAGAAAACUAUAAAAAAUAUGAAAAAACUAAAGUGUGAAGUCUGCAGCAAUUUCUUUAGAUCAUUACUUGGUUAUAGGAGACAUUCUGAAGCUUGUGGGAAAUCUAAUGAAGAGGUGAAUAUUAGAUGUACAAUCUGCAAUAAAGAACUGCGGUACUACUGUAUGCCUGCACACAUGAGAACUGUCCACGCAGCUAAAAAGCCGGAUCCAAAGAAAGUUGAAAAUAAAACUGAAGAGAUUGUAAGCUCUGCUUCCCGGCCUAGACGAAGGGCAGCAGCAAAUUGCAAUGAAAGGCUUAAAGUUUGGAGAUCAAAUAGAACUGGGGAAAGUGGCAGUGAUAAUUCUGAUGCUGAAGAAGACUUUAAUAUUGAGCUGGAGGCAGACAAGUUUUAUUCAAAGCCUGAGUUAACAGAUGUUCCUGAAGAGGUUGUAUUGAAGUGGGAAUCUCAACUUAGUACUGGUGUAGAUGGUUGCUGUGGCAAUGAAGGGUGCACUUUCACUUUUUCAAGUAUUCCACAAGCAAAGUCACACUUCCAUCUAUGUUCAUAUUCAGCAACCAGACAGAUGUUCAUGUGUAAAAACUGUGAUUACACUUCCCAAACUGAAAGAGAGAUGGUGAGUCAUGUUUCUACCAUUCAUAUAGAUCUUACAGGAGGUGCAGAAGAAGAGAGUGAAUAUGACUUUUCUGAUGAUGAAUGUGAAGAGUCAUAUAGACAGACCAGAAGUUAUGGUAGAAUGAGUCAUGGCCAGCUUAAGCCUUUUGAACCAGCAAUGAGAUGGACUUUUGAGUUUUUGAAGGAUUCCAUUUCAGAGGAUGACCUGUUCUUGGAAUACUUCACAACAAAGGACAAAUGGAUCAUAUUAGAUGAGGAGCAGUACCUGAAAUUUUUACCAUCUAUUAAACAAAGUCCAAGGUUCAAGGUAAAACAGGCAGGUAAAGCAAACACUAUGACAGGAGAAUGGACCAAUAUACAGCAGUUUACUGGCCAGUCUGUAGGUGGAACGGAUGUGAUCUUUUGUGGAGGGCCAGUCAUAUCUUCUGCCUGGUGUCCACUGCCUCAAAAUGUUUCUCUUGGUAUGAGUCCACAGUAUCUAGCAUUGUCAACACUGAAAUCUCCAGAGAAAGAAUAUCCAAUAUUGAAGUCUACACUACAUGAAGGUCUUAUUCAGAUUUGGGAAUGCACAUCUGAAGGGAAAGAAAGUGGUAAACAUUUAAAGUUUGUGUUUGGAAUUGCACAUGAAUUUGGAAAUGUUUGGUCACUAGCAUGGUGCCCAUCUGGAGCAUAUGAAUAUCUGGAAGGGGAAUUAGCCUCUAGUCAACUGAAGAGGCUAGGGCUCUUGGCUGCAGCAUUUUCAGAUGGCUUCAUUCGCAUUUAUGUGAUUCCACACCCUGAUGACUUGGGUUUGCAUGAGGAAUCAAAGAUAUUUCAGUUGCAGCCUAAGGUUACCCUUAGUCCUGGAAAAAUGUACAAAGAUGAGGCUCAGUGCCUUCAUUUAGAUUGGUAUCAAGGAAAAGGACAUGCAGACAUUGCAGGGGCAUUGUCUGAUGGUGUUGUCUGUGUGUGGGAUAUCAGAUGCAAAUCUACCUUAUUGUAUGUUAAAGAUAUGCAUGGCAACUUCACAAUAUAUCCCAGAAAUUCUUUUCAGGCUCAUAAUGGAGUUUGCUCUGUAGUAGCUUUUUGCAAUACAACUGGAGGCAGGAAUCUUGUGACUGGAGGUAAUGAUCGAACAUAUAAAUUUUGGGAUCUGGAAAACACAGAUAUGCCUCUUAGUAUUAAUCGCCGAGGGCUAGUGUUAGAUGCAGUUUGGUUACCACAUUGGGCGGGCUGUUUUGUAUCAUUUGAUGAUGUCUAUGGUUUGUCAAACACAAGUUCAAGUUUCCGUGAGUGUGGUUUUUUUGGAAUCCAGUCUCGUAAUGUAUUAUCUUCCAAUGCACCAGUCUGGUCCCUUUCUGGUUCUGAUUGGUUGAAUGCAGUUGUGCAAGGGGACUCUGCUGGUGAAGUGGUAAUAACUGUACAGCAACAACUAUUCAGAAAUUAUGAGAAUGAUAAAUUUCCAUCAAAAAGAAAAGUUCCCUUGCUUUCAGUUAGAUUAGAAGACCUAGAGCAAGGCUCAAAAGUUUCUUUUAAACCUCAAGAGCCUAAGCCAAAGACCACUGAAAAGCCAAACACGAAAAUUAACAAGAAGUCAAAGAAAUCUCGCUCUAUCAAGGAAACAGAAGAUGAAUUUGAUGAGGAAGGUGAUGAACUGUGCCCAGCUGCAUACAUUGAAUGGCCCCAUACUUAUAUGGAAACUUGUCAAAAAUAUGGCAUAGUUUUUACUGAUCAAAAUACUCAGGAUUUCUCAAAAAUUCCUGCUUCAGAGAUGGCUGAGAGGAAGCGAUCUAAUAGUAUGGAACCAGGACCUGUUGCUUGCUAUCCACUAAUGGCAGCCACUUCAGUUGCAUGGAAUAAUUUUGGGAGCCCACACUUGGAUUUUUGUUGGCACACAGUCUGGACUUUGUAAAGUUCUUCAAGUGUCCGCCCUUAAUACA